UACCAAUGACUGUAUGCAUUGUGGGAAUUCUCUCGUAUUUUUAGUUAUUUUUAAAUGAAAUAGUUGUUUGUUUUUCAUAAUUAUGCUUCGUAGCUCGUAAUUCUAUCUGCUAGUCAAUAUCCAAAUUUAUUUCUUAAUGGGUUAUCGUAUGUGCGGCUCCAAAUGUCUCUUUAUGUGUUUGGGACUAACUUGUAUCGUAGGUUGCUAUUUAGCGUUACUUCCUAUAGAAAACGAGAAGCUGCCAUCACCUAAACCAGUUCAAAAACAUAUCUUAAAAUUGUCUCAAAAGGAGCGAUUAGCAGUAAUAGUACCAUUUAGAGAUCGAUUUGAAGAGCUCCUAGAGUUCGUUCCGCAUAUGCACGACUUUUUAAACAGGCAAGGGAUCCCGUUCCACAUAUUUGUGAUCCAGCAGAAGGAUAACAACCGUUUCAACCGAGCUUCCUUAAUCAAUGUGGGUUUUUUACAUACGAAGAAAGACUUUGACUAUAUAGCGAUGCAUGACGUGGAUUUAUUACCUAUGAAUGAUGAUUUGAAGUAUACAUAUCCAGCUGCAAAUCCUGUUCACAUAUCGUCACCGCAGACGCAUCCUAAUUAUCACUAUUCAACAUUUAUCGGAGGGAUCCUGCUGAUCAAGCGGGAGCACUUCGAGCUGGUGCACGGCAUGUCCAACAACUACUGGGGCUGGGGGCUGGAAGACGAUGAGUUCUACUUGCGGCUGAAGGACGCCGGGCUGCAGGUGGAGCGCCCCGAGGGGAUCACCACUGGGACUGAAGAUACAUUUAAACACAUCCACGACAAGACGUACCGGCGCCGCGACCACCGCAAGUGCUACAACCAGCGCGAGGUGACCCGCCGCCGCGACCGCGACACCGGCCUGCAUGACGUCACGUACCGAGUCUACAGUGAACAUGCCGUGACGGUGGAUGGGUUAGAAGCUACGGUCGUGACCGUGGAGCUGGUCUGUGACGAGAAGAGGACGCCGUGGUGCCAGUGUCCUAGUACUGUUGUUAAGAAGCCAGAGGCUAAGGCAAAGAGUUAAUAUGACUACUUUCAUACUCAUAUUAUUUUAUACCUACAUAACACACAAAGUUGACACUUGGAACCUAAGCCCUGCUCUAUAUGCCAGAUACUGAAAGUAUAUUAAGAAAACUUUACAAUUCACACUGUCUGUGCUUUAUGCGCUUCGCGCAUAUUGAUGCAAGUCAGUUCGAUUGGCCAAUUUGAUUCGCAAUCAUCCCAUUUUUGUACAAAUUUAGUACUAAAAUGAUAGAUCGAUUAGGCAAAUUGCGGUAAAGUAACUGUUAUUUUAGUAUCAAGUAGGUUUUUAUGCAUGUAAAGACUGUUUAAAACAUACUUAUACUAUAAGACACCAGCCUCCACCGAGUGUACAGUGAACAUACCGUAUUCGACGGGCCGAACGCCACGGCCGUGACCAUGCAGUCCGUGGAGCUGGUCUGUGACGAGAUGAGGACGCCGUGGUGCCAGUGUCCUAGUAGUGUUGUUAAGAAGCCAGAGCUAAGAACUGACUCAGUUUUUAAGUCUUAUAUUUAACAAAAAACUCGAAACCGCACGGUUAAAUAUAAGACAGAGAAAUCUAAGAGACGGAGAAAUAUAAGACAAAGAA